AUGCUGAGAGUGGAGGAACUCAGUGGGGUAGUAAAACAAGGCCAGAGUCUCACUCUGCGGAUAGCAGACCAGGAGGAGUCCGGCAGGGGCUUGGCAUCCCUUGCGUGUCUGCGUGCCCGGCUCUUUGCUGGGCUCCUGGCUGCGUCCCCUGUGGAAUCCUCCUGCCCAGCCUGUGCUGAUGCAGUGGGAAAGACCUCAGGGCCCUGCUUCUCCACCAGGGAGGAGGCCCAGGCCUGGCCCGAGGCUCUGGGCUUCGUUUGUCUUCUCCUGCAUCAGAGUCUCCUGGGAGGCAGGAAAGGAAAAGACAGAGCCCAGCAGAACUGCCAGCCAAGGGGUAUUGUCCUCAGUGAGCGCAGUGACACGGAAAGCUGGCCUGCUGCCCGGGCGCAAUGCAUCAGACCCCACUGUGCACCGUGCCCCAGCGAGGGCGUUGGAUCUUCACACCUACACAGGGGGCUUUGGCCCUAUGAGACAGGGAGAACACGGCCUCCACUUGCAAAGAUCUGCCCUCCUGCGAGGCAGCGUCUAUUAGACUGUCUUCUCCUCCGCCAGCCCCGCGCAGGUCCCCGGCCCGGCUCGGGGGCCCGCUCUCCCGGCGACGCGGCACCUGCGAUGCGGCCGAUCGGAAGAGGCGCGCUGGUGCGUGGACCUGGCCGCUCCUGUCCGGCUUCCUCGCGUUUUCCAGCCGAGGUGCGAGGGCCGCGUGGCUGGGUCCUGGGACGGCUCCACUGAGGCCGGGAGAGGAAAGAACCGGCUCCUGGCAGGGGCCGGGCGAGAGCGGAGAAGGGAGCGGACACCCCCGGCCCACCUGCCCGGCGCCAGGUGCCAAAGCGCGCUCAGGCGUCGGUCCUGGGGCUGUG